AUUGAGUGGCGCACUGUAGACAAGACGAGGAAAAAAUGGACUAAUUGGAUGAUGAAAAGAAAGAAAAGAAAGCUUAACUUUAGCUGUCACCGUUCUCUUCUUUCCAUGCACUUUUGGACUCACACCACACAUCCAAAAACCUUUCUGAAACUGCCCCAUUUCUAAUGCUCUUCGUUUCUUCGGCAAAUCACCCUUACCCUGUUUCCACUCCUCACCAGCUCUCAGUCUCUUCAUUUGCCGAGGCCAGGAAGUGGUAGCUAUCUCACUGCCUGCCAAUCUGAAGGCCUAAAGUUGUGGGCUUGGCGCAAGUGCACAUAUUUCCACCUUGAAACAACUGAUCAGAUACUCCCAUGGCUAUCAAUGCAGCAAAUCUCUGUAUAAAUUUUGGUUCAUAGGAGAGUGUUUCUUGAUUAUUUGAUAAACCGACCGUGUUUUAUGUGUUGUCAGAGAAACAUUUGAUUCUUUGCUUGAAUGUUGCAAAUCUUGGUUCAUUUGAUAAGCAACUUAUUGAUCACAUUCCUCUCUUACAUGAACAAGUGUUGCGUAUAGAUCAAUGGCUUCGAGGACAAUCUUGCAAACCAGCCCCGAGCACCAACCUGAAGCACCUGGAAGUCGUAAAAUAGAACCAAAUGUCUGUAAACCUUCACAAAGUUUGAAGCCAAGCAAAUCAGAUUCUGCGACAGCCAUAAAAGUUGUAGCUGUGGAUCAGACUGAGUCUAAGUGUGCUGUGAAUGAUGGCAAAGAAGAUAAAAAAUUGACACAUCAUCAGAAGGGAUCUUUUGACACUUCGAAAAACAAAGUUCAUACAAAGGCCAUCAGUUCUUCUGAAACUAGUGAUACACUUCCCUCAGAUAGUCAGAAACAACCAAUGCAACAAGGACUCUCCACAGAAGUCAAUAAGACUACGGUGGUUGUCUAUGUUAAUGGAGAUCAAGGAAAGAACUCUGAACAGAGUGGAAAUGAUAUUAUUGUAUCCACUAAAGUUAGUGACGGAACCAGCAGUCUGACAGCUGACUUUGUUGACAGCGGGAAAAGCAGCAUGUGCAGACCUAGUACAAACAGCGACAUCAGUGAUGAGAGCUCAUGUAGCAGCUUGAGUAGCAGCAUAACAAAGCCUCAUAAAACAAAUGAUUCAAGAUGGGAAGCCAUAAAGAUGAUCCGCUCACGAGAUGGGGUUCUGGGUUUAACGCAUUUUAGGUUGUUAAAAAAGUUAGGCUGUGGUGAUAUUGGUAGCGUGUAUCUGUCAGAGUUGAGUGGGACAAAAAGUUUUUUUGCAAUGAAGCUCAUGGAUAAGGGUUCACUGGCUAGUCGUAAGAAACUUCUUAGAGCUCAGACAGAGAGGGAGAUAUUACAAUCUCUGGAUCAUCCAUUUCUUCCAACACUUUAUACGCACUUUGAAACGGAUAAAUUCUCAUGUUUGGUGAUGGAGUUCUGCCCUGGAGGGGAUUUGCACACACUUCGUCAGAGGCAGCCCGGGAAACAUUUUUCAGAACAAGCUGUGAAGUUCUACGUAGCAGAGAUCCUCCUGGCACUAGAAUACCUACAUAUGCUUGGAAUCAUAUACCGUGAUCUCAAGCCAGAAAACGUGCUUGUGCGGGAGGAUGGACACAUCAUGCUUUCUGAUUUUGAUCUCUCUCUUCGCUGCACAGUAAGGCCGACUUUGAUCAAGUCUUCCAAUCCAGAUUCUGAAUCAUUUAGGAGGAACAAUCCAACAUACUGUGUCCAGCCAGCUUGUAUCGAGCCAUCCUGUAUCCAGCCUUCUUGUGUGGCACCUACAACUUGCUUUGGUCCACGAUUUUUCUCCAUAUCUAAAGACAGGAAAUCGAAACCAGAGAUUGGGAACCAGGUUCGCCCAUUGCCAGAACUCAUAGCAGAGCCCACAGAUGCCCGGUCAAUGUCUUUUGUCGGUACGCAUGAGUACUUGGCGCCAGAGAUCAUCAAGGGUGAGGGCCAUGGAAGUGCCGUCGACUGGUGGACUUUUGGCAUCUUCAUGUACGAGCUUUUGUUUGGGAAGACCCCAUUCAAGGGAUCAGGUAACAGGGCCACACUGUUCAAUGUCGUCGGGCAACCAUUGCGCUUCCCAGAGUCCCCGACCGUGAGCUUCGCUGCCAGAGAACUGAUAAGGGGACUGCUCGUGAAAGAGCCUCAGCAUCGGUUUGCAUAUAAACGCGGGGCCUCAGAGAUCAAACAGCAUCCUUUUUUUGAGGGAGUUAACUGGGCACUGAUACGUUGUGCAAGUCCGCCUGAGAUCCCAAAAUCCAUUGACAUUGAGCGGUUGUCCAAACCGACAGUAUCGACGGGUGAAAAAGUUGCAGCUACCGCUAAUCAGAAAUGUUCUGACAACUAUCUAGAAUUUGAUUUCUUCUAGUGAUUCAUCUCCAUUGGAGCAAUCUGCUGAAGGGCUAGAAUCUCAUGGUGUUACUAAAGGUGUCAGGAUUGCAAUUUUGUUAUAACUUGUCAAAAUUCCGUUAAGCCAAAAGCUGCACCACAGUUUUUCCAAAUGUAUUAUCGAUUAAUCAAAUGGAUGCUGAAGUAUCUUCUCCUUUUUGUUGAUCAAGAGAAGAUGUUUUCUUAGUCAUCUUAGAAAUGAACAAGACUUUCUUUCUCCCA